CUGUUUUUACUUGCUGUGGCCCUCGUUUGUGUUGCACGAUUUACAUGUAUCAGGGGCCUCCCCUCACUCCUGCAGGUCCGAGGACAAUAUUUCUAAUAGCCCAUCUUGCAGGACUAACCCGCCCACUGUCACAUCAUAGUGCUAUAAAAGACAGCAAAAGGGACUGGAGAUAAGAAAUUGUUCCCAAGACAAGCUUAGCCAUGCGGUGUAAAGUUCUCCUUUAUGUGUUCUUCUUGACGCUUAUAAAACACGUUUCUCCAACUGAAAUACAGGCUGCCCCUGAUGCAAAUGCGACCCUGCCAUGCAACGUCACCUUCCCUCCGUCUGUAACAGGAGGUAAAAUAGACAAGGCUCUCAUCACAGCCAGCUGGAAAACUAAUGUCUCUGAGGUCGCCUCAUUCUUACAAGGGGUGAUGCAGAUAAAGGAAGGCUUCAGCUGGGACACCAGGAACUUCUUCAUUGGAGACUUUUCACUCAUCAUCCUCAAAGCCAACCUCAGCCUGCAGGGAGCGUAUGAGUGCACAGUCAGCUACAACUUCACAGAGCUGCACUCCACUAACGUCACAUUUAGCAUCCUUGCAUUCCCCACUCUCUCCAUCCCUCAGCAGUGGGUGGUGUUGGAGAUAGAGAGUGUGCUUGAAUGCCAUGCAAACGGUUUCUACCCUCCCCCUGUGUCUUUCUCCUGGAUCAGAGAUGGACAAGCGAUUCAGUCACCUCAACAAGUUGAAGUUGAACAAACUCUAGAUGGGUACUACAGAGCCGUGAGCAAGCUUACCUUCUAUCCUUCCCUUCAGGACCAGAAUGUGACCUUUGGGUGCAAGGUGUCACAUGAUGGCAGCUAUCAAGUGCAGGAUUUCCAGCUCAACAUCACCCAUUUGGCGACUUUGAAGCUGUCUGUUGUGCCAUCGCCUUCCCACAACAUUCCACUCACAUUUUUUUGUGACAUUGAACAUUUCUACCCGGAAGAGAUGUCCGUGUCCUGGCUUCAAAACGGCACGAUUCUCCCCGAGCCCCCAAGCACCAAUCAAAACCCAGAUGGGACCUACUCAACCAGGCGCUAUUACACUUUGACACCAGAGCAAAGGGAGCAAGGUGGAACAGUUGAGUGCAAAGCAAAUCAACCCGGCUUCAUACAUUCAGUCCAAAGCACCAUGUUAUUGGGAUUCCUUGAUCACCCAAAUGAGUCUCCAGUGUUGACAAAAUCAGCCAAAGCCUCCGUUGCUCUCAUGUGUAUUUCUCUGGUACUGGUCUUGCUGCUCUGCAUUGGCUUUUCUUGGAGAAGAAGGGAUGAAAAACAUAAAUCGCUAAAUGUGUCUGGAAUCAUCCUCCCUCCACGGGUUACUGUAGGUCAAAAGGGCAGGGUGACAGUGAACAUUGAGGGCAGGAGGGUGGACCGAGUCCAGACGGCAUGGUUCCUGAAUGACACUCAAAUUUCCGACACCUCGUUCACAGGAAGCUCCAGCUGUAACUUUAACUGCCUCUAUAACACCCUAACAACCAUCCAUCUGCCCUACGGCCUAACUCUCACUUCCCCAGUGUCGGAGAAAGGUCGGCUCCUGUCCUCCAGAGGUGAGAUGGGGUACUACAAGCUGCACACUCGGGGGCCGCUGCAUUCAUCAGCAAGCGGAACCCAGCAGCUCAUCUCCUCAGUCACCUUCAUCCCCCAAAUCUCAGUCCACAAGGGGGCAGUGUUCAAAUGCCAGGUGUCCUAUGCAGGCAAGGACAAGAUAGUGGUGGAGAAAGUGUCAGAGAAGUUUACAAUCUUGGCUGCUCCAGAAGUGUCAGAAAUUCAGCUUGCAGAGACAACUAAUGACCCAGAUAUCAUCAGCCUGACGGUGCGAGCGUGCCGUUUCCACCCAGACAUCAUCACCUUCCGCUGGUUUUGUGAGGGAAGUGAUUUGUGUCCUGUGGCCUCUAAGGCCUCAUCCUCCCCUCAACCUGAUGCUGAGGGUUUCUUCUCAGCCUCAAGCCAGUGCAAGCUGCCCCACAGCGAACUGGAAAGGGGAGGCACCAAAGUGUGGGUCAGUGUCCACCACAUGGCGCUGAAGCAACCCAUCACCCGGGAGACCAGAGGUUUCAUCAAGAGGCCGUGUGUGUCCGAGAUCGUAAGUUCUACCUCUUCCCCUGGUCAACCUUUGACCCUGGGAUGUGAAAUCAAAGACUUCUACCCUCCAAAUGUGUCCGUCACCUGGCUGAAGCUGAGAGACGGACAGCAAGAUGACCGAGAAGAGGAGGUGGUGGAUGGAGGAGAGCUGUGGGGACCCAUUCAAACUCAUCCCCGACUCUACCGGGCCACGGCCACUCUGAAAAGACUGAGAACAAAUCAAGAGAGGGAGAGAGGAAGAGGAGGCAUCAUUUGUAGAGUGGAGCACUGUUCCCUCCGUGAGCCUAUUGAGAAGCACUGGCGAAAUGCCGACACUGCUGUUCCCUCAAUCCCACCAUCAAUAUCAGUCUGCUGGAGCAGUGAAGGGGUCGGCGUGUUCUCGCUCCUGCUUAAGGGAGGUCACCCCAGGGUAAAGGUACUCUGGGCAGGAGGUGGACCCAUCCUCUCACCACUGGUGUCCAGUGAAACAGAGGACAUAGGAGAUGAUGGACAAAGGGAGCUGAAAAGCGUGUGUGCCCUGGAGAGGUCCACAAGCCCAGCGGAGAAGAGGAGGAAUGGACAAGGAAUAAAAACAAAAUCUGCUCCCACAGACCCUGAUAUGGAAGGAAUAAAAUACAUUGAUGAGAAAGUGGAUGAAGAGAAUGACAGCAUGGAGACGGAAGCAGACACGGCAUCAGAUGGGGAUGAGGACAGCGACAAAGAUGAGGUGGAGCCGGGGGCAUUGCACAUAAACAGAGUCAAUCUGUUGAGGGGUCCCAGAGAAAAUGAGAGAGCCCGUUUAAAAGUGUGUGUGGAGAUCACACAUCCCGCUCUCAUACUGCCCAUUUACCGAACCUGGACAGAGCCCAAUAAGGAGAUUUCAUCUUCCACAUGAACAGCCUGAUAUAAUCCAGAGUGUCUCUCUUUAUGUAUCUAAAAUCUCCCAUUAGAAAAUGUAAGUAGUUGUUAUGUUAAAAGUA